CUCGCCGGGACGUUACUUCAGGACAGAAGAAAGCGAGCGUGGGCGAGGCGAGGCGAGGCUCCCAGUGUCCCCGGCGACCCCAGCUCCCCAGCCCUCCGUUCCUUUCGCGUUCCCGCCGUGGGCGGCCGUCGCGAGCAGGAGUUCCUUGUAGUUGCUGUUUAUAAUCAUUGUAGAGAAGGACACUGAACUUGGGAAGAAUGUUAGAAACUAUAGACAAAAAUCGGGCCCUGCAGGCGGCAGAGCGCUUGCAGGCCAAGCUGCGGGAGCGCGGGGAUGUAGCAAAUGAAGACAAACUGAACCUUCUCAAGUCAGUGUUGCAGAGCCCACUCUUCAGCCAGAUUCUGAACCUUCAGACUUCUGUACAGCAGCUGAAAGACCAGGUAAACAUUGCAACUCCCACAAUUUCAAAUGUUGAAUGUGCCCACAUUCCACAUCUCAGCCCAGCUGUAAUUCCUACUCUGCAAAAUGAAUCAUUUUUAUUAUCCCCAAAUAAUGGGAAUCUGGAAGUUCUUACAGGAUUGGGUACUGCACACAUCAAUGGGAAACCUGCUUGUGAUGAAUUUGAUCAACUGAUCAAAAAUAUGGCCCAGGGUCGCCAAAUAGAAGUUUUUGAGCUCCUCAAACCUCCAUGUGGAGGCCUUGGGUUCAGUGUUGUGGGACUGAGGAGUGAAAACCGGGGAGAACUGGGGAUAUUUGUGCAGGAGAUCCAGGAGGGCAGUGUGGCCCACAGAGAUGGAAGAUUGAAGGAAACUGAUCAGAUCCUUGCUAUUAACGGACAGGCACUUGAUCAGACAAUUACACAUCAGCAGGCCAUCAGCAUCCUGCAGAAAGCCAAAGAUACUGUCAAGCUGGUUAUUGCCAGAGGCUCAUUGCCUCAGCUCAUCAGCCCCAUAGUUUCCCGUUCUCCAUCUGCGGCCAGCACAAUUUCAGCUCACUCUAAUCCGGUUCACUGGCAGCACGUGGAGACUAUUGAAUUGGUAAAUGACGGCUCUGGUCUGGGAUUUGGCAUUGUAGGAGGAAAAGCAACUGGCGUGAUCGUGAAAACCAUCCUGCCUGGAGGAGUAGCUGAUCAGCAUGGGCGAUUAUGCAGUGGAGACCACAUUCUAAAGAUUGGUGACACAGAUCUAGCAGGAAUGAGCAGUGAGCAAGUAGCCCAGGUCCUCAGACAGUGUGGAAAUAGAGUCAAAUUGAUGAUUGCAAGAGGUGCCAUCGAAGAACCAACGGUGCCCACCUCUUUGGGCAUCACGCUUUCCUCAUCCCCAUCUUCUACACCAGAGAUGCGGGUUGAUGCUUCUACUCAGAAAAGUGAAGAAAAUGAGACAUUUGAUGUAGAACUCACUAAAAAUGUCCAAGGAUUAGGAAUUACCAUUGCUGGUUACAUUGGAGAUAAAAAAUUAGAACCUUCAGGAAUCUUUGUAAAGAGCAUUACAAAGAGCAGUGCUGUUGAACAUGAUGGAAGAAUCCAAAUUGGAGACCAAAUUAUAGCAGUAGAUGGCACAAACCUUCAGGGUUUUACCAAUCAACAAGCAGUAGAGGUGUUGCGACACACAGGACAGACUGUUCACCUGACGUUAAUGAGGAGAGGAACAAAGCAGGACGCUGAGCUCGCGUCACGGGAGGACAUCACAAAAGAUGCAGUUUUGUCUCCUGUUAAUGCAAGCGUAAGCAAAGAAAAUUAUGAAGAAGAUGAAGAUUCUUUAUCUUUGAGGAGAAACACCAGCAUAUUACCAAUUGAAGAAGAAGGUAAACACCUGGAGCCAGGGUAUCCAUUACUGUCAGCUGAGAGAGAAGAUAUAGAAGAUGCUCAACAACAGGAAGCUGCCCUGCUGACCAAGUGGCAAAGGAUUAUGGGCAUUAAUUAUGAAAUAGUGGUGGCCCAUGUGAGCAAGUUCAGUGAGAACAGCGGGUUGGGGAUAAGUCUGGAAGCAACAGUGGGCCAUCAUUUUAUCCGAUCUGUUCUACCAGAAGGUCCUGUUGGACACAGUGGGAAGCUUUUCAGUGGAGAUGAGCUAUUGGAAGUGAACGGCAUAACUCUGCUUGGGGAGAAUCACCAGGAUGUGGUGACUAUUUUAAAAGAACUGCCUAUAGAGGUGACAAUGGUGUGCUGUCGUCGAACGGUGCCACCCACCAGCCCGUCAGAGUUGGAGAGCCUGGACUUAUGUGACAUCGAACUAACAGAAAAGCCUCAUAUAGAUCUAGGUGAGUUUAUCGGGUCCUCGGAGACAGAGGAUCCUGUGCUGGUGAUGACUGAUGUGGGUCAGAAUGCAGAGGAGGUUCAAGGACCUUUGGCCAUGUGGGAAGCCGACGUUCAGAACAUCGAGCUGGAGAAAGGGAGCAGAGGACUUGGUUUUAGCAUUUUAGAUUAUCAGGAUCCCAUUGAUCCAGCAAGCACUGUGAUCGUAAUUCGUUCUCUGGUGCCUGGUGGUGUUGCUGAAAAGGAUGGACGACUUCUCCCUGGAGAUCGACUCAUGUUUGUCAAUGAUGUUAACUUGGAAAACAGCAGUCUCGAAGAAGCUGUCCAGGCACUGAAGGGUGCACCAUCAGGAACUGUGAGAAUAGGAGUUGCCAAGCCUUUACCCCUUUCACCAGAAGAGGGUUAUGUUUCUGCUAAGGAGGAUUCCUUUCUCUACCCACCACAUUCCUGCGAGGAGGAAGGGCUGGCUGACAAAGCCCUCUUCAGGGCUGACUUGGCUCUGGUGGACACAAAUGAUGCUGACUUAGCAGAUGAAUCUGCGUUUGAGUCUCAGUACUCUCCUGAUAAUGACAGUAUCUACUCCACUCAAGCCUCUAUUUUAUCUCUUCACGGCAGUGCUUGUAGUGAUAAUCUGAAUUUUGGUCCCUCCCUUCCAUCUUCUCCUCCCAAGGAUGUUACUGAAAAUUCCUCAGAUCCAGUACUUGACUUGCAUAUGUCCUUGGAGGAGCUAUAUGCCCAGAAUCUCCUGCAAAGACGGGACGAGAGUCCGCCUUCAGUGGACUUGAGCAUGGGGACUGCUUCUGGCUUUACCAUAAAUGAUUAUACACCUGCCAAUGCUAUUGAACAGCAAUACGAAUGUGACAACACAAGAGUGUGGACUGAACCUCACCGACCAAAUGAAGUUAUAUCAAGUGCAGAACUGAGUUCUCCCGUGCUGACUGCUUCAGCUGGGAAGGGCUCCAAGUUCUUAAUUCAACAGGGGUCCCUGGCCUCUGCUGCUGAGUGUGUCAUGCUCCAAACUAUAUCCAGAGAAUCUUUCGAGAGGACUAUUACGAUAGCAAAAGGCAAUUCUAGCCUGGGAAUGACAGUAAGUGCUAAUAAAGACGGCUUGGGGAUGAUUGUUCGAAGCAUUAUUCAUGGAGGUGCCAUUAGUCGAGAUGGUCGGGUUGCUGUUGGGGACUGCAUCUUGUCUAUUAAUGAAGAAUCUACUAUCAGUUUAACGAAUACCCAGGCACGAGCCAUGUUGAGAAGACAUUCUCUCAUUGGGCCAGACAUAAAAUUCUCUGCAGCACCUGCUGACGAUCCAGCCCCCUUUUAUGUAAUUACUUAUGUGCCUGCAGAACAUUUAGAAGAGUUCAAAAUAAGUUUGGGACAACAAUCUGGAGGAAUAAUGGCACUGGAUAUUUUUUCUUCCUACUCGGGCAGAGACAUUCCAGAGCUACCAGAGCGAGAAGAAGGAGAGGGGGAAGAAAGUGAACUUCAAAAUGCAACAUACAGCAGUUGGAAUCAAUCCAGGCGGGUUGAACUCUGGCGAGAACCAAGCAAAUCCUUGGGCAUCAGCAUUGUUGGUGGACGAGGGAUGGGGAGUCGUCUAAGCAACGGUGAAGUGAUGAGGGGCAUUUUCAUCAAACAUGUUCUUGAAGAUAGUCCAGCUGGCAAAAACGGAACCUUGAAACCUGGAGAUAGAAUAGUAGAGGUGGAUGGCAUGGACCUCAGAGAUGCAAGCCAUGAACAAGCUGUGGAAGCCAUUCGGAAAGCAGGCAACCCUGUAGUCUUUAUGGUACAGAGCAUUAUAAACAGACCAAGGAAAUCCCCUUUGCCUUCCUUGCCGCACAACCUUUACCCUAAGUACAAGUUCAGCAGCACUAACCCAUUUGCUGAUUCUCUACAGUUCAACGCUGACAAGGCUCCCAGUCAGUCGGAAUCCGAGCCAGAAAAGGCUCCACUGUGCGGUGUGCCUCCGCCCCCUCCUCCAGCAUUUGCAGAAAUGAGCGAGGAUCAUGCACAGUCAUCGGCAAGUGAAAUCUCAGCAGAUGUGGACAAAGAGGAUGAGUUUGGUUACAGCUGGAAAAAUAUCAGAGAGCGUUAUGGAACCCUAACAGGCGAGCUACAUAUGAUUGAACUGGAGAAGGGUCGUAGUGGUUUGGGUCUGAGUCUUGCUGGGAACAAAGACCGGUCCAGGAUGAGUGUUUUUAUAGUGGGGAUUGAUCCAAAUGGAGCAGCUGGGAAAGAUGGUCGAUUGCAGAUUGCAGAUGAGCUUCUAGAGAUCAAUGGUCAAAUUUUAUAUGGAAGAAGUCAUCAGAAUGCUUCAUCGAUCAUCAAAUGUGCCCCUUCUAAAGUAAAAAUAAUUUUUAUAAGAAGUAAAGAUGCAGUGAGUCAGAUGGCUGUAUGUCCUGGGCAUACAGUGGAACCUUUGCCUGCUACCUCAGAGAAUCUUCAAAAUAAGGAGGCUGAACCGAGCGUUACUACUUCCGAUGCAGCUGUGGACCUCAGUUCGUUUCCAAACGUGCAGCAUCUGGAGCUUCCCAAGGAUCAGGGGGGUUUGGGCAUUGCCAUCAGUGAAGAAGAUACACUCAGCGGGGUCAUCAUAAAGAGUCUCACAGAGCACGGGACAGCAGCCAGGGAUGGACGGCUCAAAGUUGGAGAUCAGAUCUUGGCUGUAGAUGAUGAAGUAGUUGUUGGCUAUCCUGUUGAAAAGUUUAUUAGCCUUUUGAAGACAGCGAAGACAACAGUGAAACUGACCAUUCGUGCUGAGAAUCCAGAUUCCCAGGCUGUUGCUUCAGCAGCUGGUACAGCCAAUGGAGAAAAAAAGAGCAGCCCCCAGUCUCUGAUGGUCCCACCGUCUGGCUCCCCGGAACCAGAGCCCAUCCGAAGUACAAGCAGGUCAUCAACACCAGCAAUCUUUGCUUCUGAUCCUGCAACCUGCCCCAUCAUCCCAGGCUGUGAAACAACAAUUGAGAUUUCCAAAGGGCGGACAGGGCUGGGCCUGAGCAUCGUUGGGGGGUCUGACACACUGCUGGGUGCCAUUAUUAUCCAUGAAGUUUACGAAGAAGGAGCAGCAUGUAAAGACGGAAGACUCUGGGCUGGAGAUCAGAUUUUAGAGGUGAAUGGAAUCGACUUGAGAAAGGCCACACAUGAUGAAGCAAUAAAUGUGCUGAGACAAACACCACAAAGGGUGCGCCUGACGCUCUACAGAGAUGAGGCCCCGUACAAAGAGGAGGAUGUGUACGACACCCUCACCAUCGAGCUGCAGAAGAAGCCGGGCAAAGGCUUGGGGUUGAGUAUUGUUGGUAAAAGAAAUGAUACUGGAGUAUUCGUGUCCGACAUUGUGAAAGGAGGAAUUGCAGAUGCUGACGGAAGGCUGAUGCAGGGAGACCAGAUACUAAUGGUGAAUGGAGAAGACGUCCGUCACGCCACCCAGGAAGCCGUCGCAGCUCUGCUAAAGUGUUCCCUAGGCACGGUAACCUUGGAAGUCGGAAGAGUCAAAGCUGGCCCAUUCCAUUCGGAGAGGAGACCUUCUCAGAGCAGCCAGAUGAGUGAAGGGAGCCUGUCAUCAUUCACUUUUCCACUUUCGGGAUCCAGUACAUCUGAGUCACUGGAAAGCAGCUCAAAGAAGAAUGCAUUGGCAUCUGAAAUACAGGGAUUAAGAGCAGUUGAAAUUAAAAAGGGGCCCACUGACUCAUUGGGGAUCAGCAUUGCUGGAGGUGUGGGCAGCCCGCUUGGUGACGUUCCUAUAUUUAUUGCAAUGAUGCACCCGAAUGGAGUUGCAGCUCAGACCCAGAAACUCAGAGUUGGGGAUCGGAUCGUCACUAUCUGUGGCACACCCACUGAGGGCAUGACUCACACCCAGGCAGUGAGCUUUCUGAAAAACGCCUCUGGCUCCAUUGAAAUGCAGGUGGUUGCUGGAGGAGAUGUGAGUGUGGUCACGGGUCAUCAGCAGGAGCCCGCCAGCUCUAGUCUUUCGUUCACUGGGCUGACGUCAAGCAGUAUAUUUCACGAUGACUUAGGACCUCCUCAGUGUAAGUCUAUUACACUAGACCGAGGACCAGAUGGCUUGGGCUUCAGUAUAGUAGGAGGAUAUGGCAGCCCUCACGGAGACUUACCCAUUUAUGUUAAAACAGUGUUUGCGAAGGGAGCAGCCUCUGAAGAUGGGCGUCUAAAGAGGGGUGAUCAGAUCAUUGCUGUCAACGGGCAGAGUCUAGAAGGGGUAACACAUGAAGAAGCCGUUGCCAUCCUUAAGCGGACAAAAGGCACUGUCACUUUGAUGGUUCUCUCCUGAAUUAGCUGCCAGAAUUGAGCCACCUCAACUUCUCACUUACAUCCCAUGCUACAAAGAGAGUGGAACUGGUCCUGUGGACUCCUCCUGGGCUGUAUUCAUCCGGCUCUUCAAAACUGUAGGAAAAAAUAGCAUUUAAAUUUGUUUUUCUCAUAUGGAAAUGAUUUUCUUACUGACAACCUAGCAUCACUUUCCCUUUCUCUUUGCAUUUUGUGAUGGAAACUCAAAGAGAAGGGCUCUUUGCAUAGAUAAAUCCAGUCUUUCUUCCUGAAGAUAUCUGACAUUUUAUAAUCAUGUGGGCAGAAAUUAAUAUGGGCUCAACUGGUUAGUAGAGAAAGGAAAAAAAAUCAUUCGAAAGCUAACCAAGGGGAAAUGGUCUCAUGAAAUUAAGGUGAAAAUUGAAAAUAUAAAAUAAAGAAGAAAAUCUCAAGUUUUAUAAAAAUGCAUUUUGUUAAUCCACCUUCUCUCCCCACUUCUAACUAAAAAAGAAAAGAGAAAAGUUGUACGGAAAAUGUUUAAAAAUACUUUCAGUAUUUAAAAAUGUUGACUGUUAUUAAAACAUUGCAACUCCCAGCUCUAAUACGCACAUAUAUAGUUUUCUCCUAAAAUGGGCUUCAAGAUUGGGUAACUAACAACAGGAAGCAAUGUUCCUAAGUUUGUGAAGAAACCACUUAUUGCACAUCUUGAUGUUCAUUUUCAUUUUUGACCUAUUAUACAAUACUUUCACAUUUCUAUAAGUAAAAUGAUGACGCUGCCCUGUGUUGACUGCGGUUUCUCUAGAAAGCAGCCUUGCCAACCACGCAGGAGCAUAGGAGGCUCUCCGAGUUGUUAGUGCUGGUUUUAAGGGAUGCAACACUGAAAGUGUGUCAGUGUGCUGUGCAGUUGGUUUUCAAUUAGUAUUAAUCUUAAUGACGGACAAAAAGCAAUGUGUUAGUAAUUAUUUUGGUUGUAUGCCAUUAGUAAAUUGAUAGAAAAAUUAAGGGGAUUAACAUAAGUUCAUUCCAUUGCCUUAUAUUAACAUCUUAUAAUACAAUAGUUUAAGACUAAGGGAAACAGAUGGAGCUGUUUAUUGAGACAACUGGUGAGGAAUUAUCAUGUGUUCAUUCCCAUUUUAGAGCGUGAAACUCCUACAUUAGAAUACAUAAAGUCACUUUAAAUAUUAUCUAUAUUUGUAACAAAAGUAGUGUACAGAUAUUUUAUUACAGCGCUUUUGUGUAAAUGCGGAAUUGAAGUGAAUAAAUAAGAAGUUUCGUGGUGCACAAAAAAAAGCAGGCAUUUUUAUUUUGUUCUUUUUACUGGGGAAAAGCUUUAUUAUACUGUUCAAGAUUUACAAUUUAAAAUUGGCUUUUAUCAUGUCUAACUGAACAUAUGGUGUCCAUAGUUUUACAGUUAGAGGAACUCUGGACAACAACAUUAUGAAAAGCUCAAUGCUUUUUAUGCCCAGAAUUUGUACUAAUGCUAAAAAUGCAUAGACUCCUCAUGGAACAGAGGAAGAUAAACAGCAUUAAAGAAAGAGAGGUGUCGUGCCUGUAUGUGCUUUUCUGAAACGCUACGAGUGAUGCAAUAUUAUAAGUUGUUCUUUAGAGUAGUCAAGAGUUGAAGCAUGUUCAGAUAGAAAAAGUCAUAAUGAAAAUUAUUUCUAAUAAUGAACAUGAAAGAUCUGCUUUGAACACUGAGCAAGGACUUUAGGAACCUUUGUUCUGCCAGUUCUUCCCCUAAUUAGCUAAUGAACAUAUGCAUUCCCUCUGAUUUAUCUCAUCUGUAAAAUGAUAGAUGUGAUUUUAUCUCAAAGCUUAUAUCAAGUUCUCAAAUGUAAAAAUUCUGCGAUUCUUAAUUAGAUAUACGAAACGAAUGACCCAACUACACGUUGCAUCAGUUCGGAAGCUAUUCUCCCCAGCCAGCUGUUGUAAACUGAGGUACUUGAUGUAACAAAACUCAUUUCACUCUCCCAGUGACACAUCUAACCUCUUAGUCACCAGUUAGUGGCCCUCUCUCAUGGAGGCAUGUCAAGACCCUCUCAUGGCUGGCUUCCGGAAGCUGAGCCACCCACCUUUAUGUUUUAACCAGCACAGAUUUUACGGAGGCCGCGCUGUGGCACACCCUAGGAAGGCCAGUUAACCAGCCAUACUGAAGUUUGAGUAAAUGUGUGAAGGCCCUCCAGUGAGAGCACCCAGCUGGGUAUCUGUACUAGCCUGUAGGGCAUUGCCCCCGAAUUCACGUCUACUAAGAACCUCAGAACGUGACCUCAUUUGGAAAUAGGGUCUUUGUGGAUGUCAUCAGUUCAGUUAAAAUGAGGUCACGCUGGAUUACAGUGGGCCCUGAAUUCUUAACAGAAGGCUGUGUAGAGACACAGAGACAGAAGAAGAAGGUCGUGUAAAGAUGGGGACCAAACAAACAAAAAACAAAACAAAGAGUACCUGGAGCCACCAGAAGCUGAAGAGAUGAGGAAGGUUUUUUUCUCUGGAGUCUUCAGAGACAACUUGUCCCUGCCGACCCCUUGAUUUCAGAUAUCUGGCCUCCAAGACUGUGAGAAUAAAUUUCUGUUGUUGUAAACCACCUUGUUUGUGGAACUUUGCUACGGAAGCCCUAGGACACACCAGUAUAGUGUCUUGGAUGUUUUUAUAUCCUUAGCUACUAUCACUGUGCCUGGCAAAUAGGAGAGGCUCUAUACAUUUUUGUUCAGCAUGUAAAUGAUUGAAUUAUAGGUCGUGAUUAAUUUCAUGGUCUUACCUUGUUUUAGUUAAGCUAGCUGCAGCCUUCGUACUGAAUGCAAAACAGGAAGCAGUGGGAAUGCCACUUAGGGAUGUAAAACACUGGGGAUAAGCUCCCCUCCUGAACUGCUACCAAUGAACAAAGUCAAAGCAUGUAGAAGUGAAGAAAGAGAGGGAAGGAAUGAAGGAAGGAAGGAAAAGAAGAUUGAGAGGAAAAGAAUAUCGAUGCAUCAGCAUUAGAGAGAGUGACAAAGGCUUAUGCUUCCUAUAUUAUUCCUUCUUGGAAAUGUAAGAGUUCUCCGUGGAGGAGGAAGAAAGUGAGCAAAGAGUUUGAAGACUUGAACGUUAUAGUGUUAUAGUGUUAAUGUGCAACUCAAGACCACGUACAACUCAAGACCCUGUACAACUCAAGAUUGUGGCUUGCCCAUAAUAGGUUCAGUAUAUUUGUUUUUGUGAUUAAAUUACAUUGGCGAAUAUUGCACAUUUCUGGUGUUCUUUGUGACCCCUCCAAAAUGAUGAUGAUGGUGAUGAUGAUGAUGCAUUUGAUUUCAACACCUACUGAUUUAUAGCAGCAGAUGUAGCAAUGCAGUGUGGCAAGUCAGUAGAGCCCAUACGUCAGAACAGUGAUGGAACUGGAAGCAUAAAAGAUUAAAAUUCAUGCAAGACAAGAAAAAGGAACUUUUUUUUCCAUUUUAAGAAUCUUGAUAAAGCUGAUUUUGAUAGAUUCAAAGAAGCAAAGUAAGCUCUUCCCUGCUGUGAGGUGUACCAUGCCAAGCUGUCUUAGACCUGGUCAUCUAGCUUAUUGUCUGAGAAUGCCAGAGAUCUAGUGCCUGUCUUCAGAUCUCCAUCACAGUGAGUGGAGAAAGAUGCCUGCAGGGAGACAAGAAUCAGUAUGCUUUCUUCGGUCUAGGUGUGGGAAUGCCGAAACUAUCAUCACCUACUUUCAGCAGCCCUGGUGUGUUGUUUCAUGUCAGUGACAAGUAUUCUGGAAUGCAUUUGAUUUGUGCAAAGAUGUUCCUCAACUUCGUCUACGAGGAAUUAAUGUUUAACUUUGACCUUUCCUAAAGGGAGCUAUUUGUAAGGUGGAAUUGGCCUCUGUUACCUCAGGAGGAAAAAAACAUGUUGGUGGCAAGAACAUUUCUAAAUGAAGAGCGUGGAAACUGGGCAAAGCAAAUGUGGUUACUAUGAUUUUUGUAUACUUGACAUUGCAGCUUCUUUUUUCCUUCAAAAUACAGGUAUUCCAUUUUAUGUAAAUUAGAAAAAAUUGUAUAAUUUGUCUAGGAAUUUUAUUUAUCAUUCAAGUACUGAAAGUUCAAUUGUAGACCCUUCCAAGGAAUUCUGUCAAGACAGAGGCAAAUCUGUGGUAAUGAUUUCAGAAUUCUCUCACUGAAAAUGUUUCUGGAAGUUUCAAAAAGUACUGCCAUCAAAAAAAAAAACUGCUUUAGGCAGCUUCUAAGAGGGAGCUUUAACUUAUUCAUUUAAUACUGGACAUUUUUCAGAAAGUUGUGUCAUUUGCUGAUUCUUUGUGAUCCAUUCUCCCUCCUUCCCCCAUCCUCCUUCUCACAUGUGGAUUUUCAGAAAUAAACAAUUAUC